CUGGAGCCAAUGCAGCAGCAGCACCGACAGCCUGAGCUGGUGGAAGGAAGCCUUCCUGUGUUCGUGUUCCCCACGGAGCUCGUCUUCUACGCCGACGAGCAGGCGUCUCACAAGCAGGUGCUCACCCUCUACAACCCCUAUGAGUUCGCCCUCAAGUUCAAAGUGCUGUGCACGGCGCCAGGCAAAUACUCCGUGGUUGAUUCCACCGGAGCCGUCAAGCCACAGUGUUGUGUUGACAUAGUUAUCCGACACAGGGACGUGCGGGCCUGCCAUUAUGGCGUGUACGACAAGUUCCGGCUGCAAGUGUCGGAGCAGAGCCAGCGGAAAGCUCUGGGUCGUAAAGAGGUGACGGCCACGCUUCGCCCGUCGGCCUCGCAGGAGCCGUCCAGCUCUCGACUCCAGGACGAGGAGCGCAGAACUAAAGAGCAGCUGGCCGACAGCGAGUUCUUCGAGCAGACUGCAUUUCAGACAGAGAGCCGUCCGGCCGCAGGAGGACCCAGUCUGCUCACGGUGCUGCUGGGACUCGUGUGCAUGGCUGCCCUGAUGCUCCCCACGCUGGGGGAGCAGGAAUCCACUGUGCCUGUCUACCUCCACUUAAGUGUUAACAAGAAACUGGUAGCUGCUUAUGUUCUGGGUCUUCUCACCAUGGUCAUCCUACGUACAUGAAGUUCUCUGAGCUGAAGGAGGAUCAACCCUGAAGGAUGAAGAACGUCGUCGAACCAGAGGCACUACUUCAUGCUUCCACGAGUAGAACUGACG